GAAAGAUCUCCUUGCUUUCCUCAGAGCUCGUCACUUCUACUCUGGAAUGUUUACAGGAACUUCAUGAGCAGCAUCAGGACCAAGUUUUUAUCAGAGGAAAAAAGGCAUGCUGUGAAGAAGUUUUGGGUUCGAGGAUCACAGCGAGCGCCACAGGUGUAGCCGCCGGGCUCGACAGAGUAAUGGCUGUUCAGACUGCAAUCAUGAACCCUCAGUUCAUGAAUUUCUGCUUCCCUGGUUCUGUGAUGGAGUAUGAUGUGGAAAAAAGUCUUGAUGGGAGUCUCCUGGGUGAGACAGAAAAUGAUGAGGACUACAAAGAGACCACUAGAGAUUUACUGAGUUUCAUAGACUCAGCCUCCAGCAAUAUCAAGCUGGCUCUGGACAAGCCAGUGAAAUCCAAAAGGAAAGUCAACCACCGGAAGUAUCUGCAAAAGCAGAUCAAAAGGUGCACUGGCAUUAUAACACCCGGAAAUGUAGCCGAGGCUCCAGUAAAAAGACAGGGUUCAUCACUGACUCAGCCGAGCGCUUUGCAGAGCAAAACUCUACCCAAGCGUGAUGGUGUUCAGGCCAACUUGCAGAGCAAAAGUUUGGCAGCCCUCUUCAGCCCCGUGAAGGAUAUAAGGGGCGAAAAGACCAAGAAACCCCCACUGAGGCAUCGCAACCUGCCCCCUUCUUUUUUCACUGAGCCUGCUAACUGCUCCAAAGUCAGCUCAACAUCUGGGAUGACUCUGAAGGACUUGGAACGAGGCAACCCUGAGGCUGCAGAUUUCUUUGAGCUCUUGGGGCCUGAUUACAGCAACAUGGUCAGUGAGCAGGACAUGUAUCAAGGCAUGCCUUUCCGGGUGCAGCCAGAGUUGGGAGGGCCAGAUCCUGCUUCCUAUGAUACUCAUCAUUUAGUCGGCGGUCUCCUCUACUCAGAGCCCUGGACUAGCUGCUCAGGACCCUCUAAAAAAGUAGGAGAGACCCUGCGUACAGGCCCAGCCCAGCCUCCUGUCUACUGUCAGUCUGAGGCUGCUACGGGGCCCAUAGAAGACAAUGCACUGUGCACUUUAGCCUUCCCAAACUUCUUCACAGACUGCUCCAUACCUCAGGUCACCUAUGAUUUAAGUGGUGGUUAUAACAGAGCUAAUUAUUCAUCUCUAUGAGAGACUGACAAUUCUGUUAUUAGAAAGGAAGGCUGAUCAAAAGCAGAUAAAAUUACAUGUUUAACGGUAGUUUAUCAGAUCAGAUUUGUUUAUGUGUUGUGACUGGAAAGCAUGUAGUAUCAUCAACAAACUGUCAACAAAAGUAACAGGAUACAAAGUGCUUCUCAGCGUCUUUCAUUCAAAGUUCUGCUCGAUGUCAAAAAGAUUCACAUAUGGAUAUGAUUGUCUUUAUCUCAGGCGGUUUGCACUGAAAUAAAUGAAAAUACAUCUGCUGCUGUUUGAAUGUGUAAAUCAGGCUUCGGAUUAUAACAUUUAUAUCUUUAAAAAUGAACACACGAGCAUCAAAAAUACUUGUUGGUUUAGUCCACAAAGGGCACUUUUUUCCUUCCUGUUAGUAACAUUUCUGUGCAACAUAAACGGGACAACUAAUUUUCACCAUUAAUUUUCAAACAGUGAUUACAACGAUGUUGAUGUUUGUUGGAUGAAGUUUUAUAGCUCUGAAUUUAUUUUCAGCUGGAAGAUUGUCGACAAUGUAUCUAGC